CUCGGGUGGGCAGCCCGCCGGCGGGACGCGGAGCCCAAGGGCAGCGGCGGCGCUGCUCCGGUGCCGCAGCCCCGCCGGCGCAGCGCGGUGAGGGGCCGCCGACGCCGGGAGCGCCCCGGGGGGCGGCGAUGGCGCUGCGGGCGCGGGCGCUGUACGACUUCAGGUCGGAGAACCCCGGUGAGAUCUCGCUGCGGGAGCACGAGGUGCUGAGCCUGUGCAGCGAGCAGGACAUCGAGGGGUGGCUGGAGGGUGUGAACAGCCGCGGGGACCGCGGGCUGUUCCCGGCCUCCUACGUGCAGGUGAUCCGCGCCCCUGCCGCGGAGCCGCCGCCGCCCGCCCGCUACGCGAACGUCCCCGUGGGCGGCUUCGAGCCGCUGCCGCCCCCCGCCGCCUUCAAGCCGGCGGCGCAGCAGCCCCCACCCGAGCCCUUCCCGGCGCCCCCCGCCGGGUACCCCUUCCCGCCCUACGGCGGCUCCUACCAGCCCAGCCAGGGCAGCGAUGACGACUGGGACGACGACUGGGACGACAGCUCCACUGUGGCCGACGAGCCGGGCGCCCUGGGCAGCUCUUAUCCCGACUACGAGGCGGCGGGCAGUGCCCCGGGCCGGUACCGCCUGUCCACCCGCUCUGAGCCGUCCCUCGGCUCCCGGGGCGGGGGACACCCCCCGGGACACCCGCACCCGCCCGGCGGCGGCGGCGCCGCCAAGAGCUCGGCCACGGUGAGCCGCAACCUGAACCGCUUCUCCACCUUCGUGAAGUCCGGCGGGGAGGCCUUCGUGCUGGGCGAGGCGUCGGGCUUCGUGAAGGACGGAGACAAACUGUGCGUGGUGCUCGGCCCGCGCGGUCCCGAGUGGCAGGAAAACCCCUACCCUUUCCAGUGCUCCAUUGAGGACCCCACUAAGCAGACCAAGUUCAAGGGCAUGAAAAGCUACAUCGCCUACAAGCUGGUGCCCAGCCACACUGGGCAGCAGGUGCACCGCCGCUACAAGCACUUUGACUGGCUCUAUGGCCGCCUGGCCGAGAAGUUCCCGGUCAUCUCCGUGCCCCACCUGCCGGAGAAGCAAGCCACCGGCCGCUUCGAGGAGGACUUCAUCUCCAAACGCCGCAAAGGCCUGGCCUGGUGGAUGGACCACAUGUGCAGCCACCCGGUGCUGGCUCAGUGCGAUGCCUUCCAGCACUUCCUCACUUGUCCCAGCACAGAUGAGAAGGCCUGGAAGCAAGGCAAGCGCAAGGCUGAGAAGGAUGAAAUGGUGGGUGCCAACUUUUUUCUGACCAUCAGUGUCCCCACAGGCCCUGGUGCCAGCCUGGACUUGCAGGAGGUGGAAAGCCAGGUAGAUGGCUUCAAAGCUUUCACCAAGAAGAUGGACGAGAGUGCCCUACAACUUAAUCACACAGCUAAUGAGUUUGCUCGCAAACAAGUCACUGGUUUCAAGAAGGAAUACCAGAAGGUGGGGCACUCCUUUAAGUGCCUCAGUCAGGCAUUUGAGCUGGACCAGCAGGCCUUUUCGGCUGGCCUCAACCAAGCCAUAGCCUUCACUGCAGAAGCCUAUGAUGCCAUCGGGGACCUCUUUGCCGAUCAGCCCCGUCAGGACCUAGAUCCUGUGAUGGAUUUGUUGGCACUCUAUCAGGGGCAUUUGGCCAACUUUCCAGACAUCAUCCAUGUCCAGAAAGGAGCCCUUACCAAAGUAAAGGAGAGUAAGCGGCAUGUGGAAGAGGGGAAGAUGGAGCUCCAGAAAGCUGAGGGCAUUCAGGAACGUUGUAAUAUUAUUUCUUUUGCAACCCUUGCAGAAAUUAAUCAUUUCCACAAAAUUCGUGUGAGGGACUUUAAAUCACAGAUGCAGCAUUUCUUGCAACAGCAAAUACUCUUUUUUCAAAAAGUGACACAAAAGCUAGAAGAAGCUCUUCACAAGUAUGACAGUGUUUAGCCUCUGAUUUGUGGACUUCCUUCGGCAUGACUGCGACUGAGGCAGCACAGCAGAUGCUGCUGAAGAGCUGUUGCCAGUGGUAGGUGGCGGUACAAGGAUGGGUUUGUGUUCACCUGGAACCUGGGUUUAAUCUCCGAGUAUGUAGAAAGGAAACAGUUAUAGCGCUAUGUAGUAGAAACAGUACCACAAAUUGUAACUAAGUUAUACUGUGUAUGCCUACACUACCAUUGUAACUUUUCUGAAUAAUGGGUAUACUAUCUGCCUUACUGCUCUUUGAAAUACGGUAUUUUAGUGCAUACUUUGUAGACCUCAAAACCCUUUGGGACUUUAAGGAAGUUGGCUAGAUAAAAGCCUACUUCAAAUGCCUUUUUACUUUCCUAGAUUUGGAUUUCCUAAAUUCAAACAAUUCUCUGUUUACAGACUCCUACUAGAGCAGCUAUGUGAUUCUGUGCCUUUAGACUCUAUUUUUCUUUUUCUAGUAAGUCACAUUUUUAUGAUUGAAUGAAUGAAUGGUUGAUGCCUAUGACAGGAACUGAUUAUGAAACCUCACACUGACUGGAAAAAAAUCAGCUGCCAUCCAGUUUGCAUAGCAAGUACUGUCUUAUGACAUGUGUUGGCUCAAAAGGGAGAAUUUAAAUUUAUUCACACUUUCCCUGAAAAUGGAGACUACUUGUUACAUGUUCUAGGAUGUUAAGCACAUAUACAGCGUUACUGUGAGUGAAAAUUUGAAGAGCUAGCUUAAUAAAAAUUACAUAUAUCAAGGGGAUAUUAGUGCAAGCUAUGUGGCUGCAAUAUUUUUUUUAAGUUUCAAAUUAUUUGCUUAUUGUUCAGUUGCUGAUUCAGUUUAACUUCAGACUUGCAUAUACAUUGCCAGUUGUCUGAGUUGAAACUCCACUGUGAUUCGUUAGUUGACUAAGUUAAAAGUUUUUGGGGAUGUUCAGUAAUAUAAGUGAUCUGAAAUAAGUCUUGGCUGAACUGACUUGGAAAACAUUUUUAUGUUUGUAACACUCAAGAAUUAACAAUUGUCUUAAUUUUUGUAUAAAUAUUUUGACAAGCAGGGUGCAUUUAUAUAUGUAAACACUAUCUUUUAAAGAGUUUUAUGGCUUAUUUCGCUUGAAAUAGGUAUUUCUUACAUAUUGAUUUCCUUCUUAUUGGUCAGUAUGAAAGAGGGUUUUUAUUUAUCCUAUCUUUUUUCUCCUAAACAAAAAUAACAAAACCUUUCAAGGAAGAAAAAUGUUUACUUUUUUGUUUUAAAUUGAAUUAAUCAAAGAUGGCUUAAACAAAUGAAAGCCUGGAAGAGGAAGUAGAGCAACAGUUACAUAUAAGUACAAAUCAUUCCUCACCUACACAGCAGAAAUGUACAGAUCUUUCAGCUGAUCAUUGAGUUUCAAUAGUUUAACUCCAUACCUUUGUUUUGGAGGAAUAAGUGUAAGAAUGUCGUUUUCUUUCUAAGAUUCAUCCCCAGAUGCUUGGAGAUGGUUGUUUUCUGCAAGUUGCUUUUGGCAUUGCUUCUAGUACAUACAGAGAGCAGUAAAUUACAGAAUAAUGGAGAGGGAAAAACCAGUAUUUGUAUAAGAAAGGACAAUCAGUGAGGAAAGACUCCAUUUCCAGCUUAUUGGAACAGUGCUGCAAACAAUGUUGACCAUAAAAUAAGGACCACAGUCAUAGGGCUGACUUGUUCUUUAGCUUCCUCAUGAUGUCUUGUUCUACAGUCAAAACUCACCACUUCCCCUAAGAGCUCUUCCCAGCAGAACUUCUGCUUCCCCAUAUGCCAUUUAAUUAUGUGAUAUGAUGGCAAGCUAGGUUUGAGCUGAGUUCCACAGCUUAUGUUUGCUUAAGCCAGAUACUGUUUUGUUAAGUGUCUUUACAGUAAUUAGAUCAGACUACAAUCAAAUUGAUUCUAUAUGGAGGGUUUAAGACCACAGAUUGAUCUUGGUCCAAUUGAAGUAUUUUAGGAGGUUAGUAUUAAUGACAUGUACAUGUCCAGGAGGAAAUUAAGCUGUGAUAUGUAUUCAUACAACAUUAUCAGACAGGUACAGUUUUCCCUAAUAAACUGUCAUGGUCUUCACCUUA